UUAAUUCAACAAUGGCAAUCCUCAAAUAGGCUUCUGAUCCUCUCCUCUCUGUUCCGUGUUUUCGUGCUUUCGGUGGAGUAUAGGUUGUCGUUUGCGUUGUAUUCAUUGACUCUGAAUGACACUCUCCUAAUUCGACACGAAGGGACAUCAAAAUAA